AUGACGGCACUGUUGUCGGAAACCGUAACGCCGAUGCGCGAUUGCUGGUCCUACGUCUCUCUGCUCCGCGUCUGCCACGCUAGCAAGUCGUCUCUCGUCUCGACGUGCUUCUUUUUGCAUGACCGAAGUCGGUACGGCUUUGGCAAAUACCAAGACGCGGUCUCACCUCAGUGGCGCUGUCAACGGCCAACAGCAUCCGGAAUGCCCAAACAAGUGGACCCGGGGCACCCACGAUCUCCACAAUCCCCAGCGCUUCUGGAAUAA